AUGGAAGAGCUUACAACGGAGAAGAAGAAGAAGAUGCUCAUAGACUGUUCUGGUGGAAGAAGAGCAGAGGAAGGAGAAGAAGAGAAGCACAAGAAGACCAAAGGUGAAGAUGAUGUUGUUGAAGAGAAAGUGAAUGAAGAUAGAAAGGAGAAGAAGAGGAAGAGUGAUGGAGAGAUUGGUUCUGAAGAGAAGAAGAGCAAGAAGAAGAGGGAAUCAAAGGAGAUUGAUGCUUGA